GCUGAACAGGAAUUACCUUUGGAAUUCUUCGAACAUUCCAUCUCUGACGUUCAAGCAUAUCAUUCUACCGUAUUGGCCAGAUCGAGAAAAUUGAAUGAAGCGCCUUUGUUGACUUUUAAACAUCGAGAAGAGGAGAGAAUGAAGAGGGAGAAGAAUAAAGUUGAGAAAUGGCCAAAUACAACGAUACGUAUCAAAUUUUCAGAUGGAACUCAAAUCCAAAAUAUAUUUCCAUCUUCUUCUCCGAUCCAACCUGUAUAUCAAUUUGUUAGAUCGGCUUUAAUACCGGAAGUUAUUUCGAAAUCUUUCAUUUUAUGGCAACCCCCACGUACUCAAUAUCCCGAACAUCCUACACCUGCACCACCCAAAAAGACCACAUCACGAACAACUAUAAUCCCUCCUGCCAAUUACGGUCCCGUACGUGGAAGCGCAGUCCCUGGAUUACAAGCUGGAACAGGUGGGAAAGAAAGUUUAAACGAACUUGGGUUAGUACCACAAAGUGUAUUGUAUGUCAAGUGGGAAGAUGAGAGUAUGAAUGCUUCGGGUUACAAAGCACCUCUAUUAUCAACUUUAUUAGAAAAGAUGGUCCCAUUACCUUCUGCAGCGCCGAAGGAACAGUCAGCUCCAAAAUCCAAUACUUCAGGAUCAGGUUCAGGAGAAGGUAAGAAAAUACCAAAAUGGUUACAGAAAGGUCUUAUGAAACGAAAAUGA